ACACCCCGUGCCGAGUGCUACAGAGAGAUCGCCACCCGUGGGGGACCGGCGGGGUUGGUUCUCAUCAUGGCGACAUCGAGGGUGGCCGCUACCCUGCGGACCGCUGCUACCGGCGGGAGGCUGCGCGGCCCACGAGGCACUGGGGGCGCACGGAGGCUGAGCGGCAGCACACGGCGGCGGGCCGCUGGGGGUGCUAGCCCCGGACGCCGGCUCCGCACCGCGUGGGCACGUGCCCAGUCCCAGCCCAAGGAGACCGAGGGCACUGAGGACCCACCACAAUCACAGUCGCCCACCACAAUCGAGCCGUUGUGGACGCCGCCUCCUGCGCCUCCCGAAACCCCCGCGCCCCCGGCUAGCCGUUCCCUGGUGCAACGGGACAUCCAGGCCUUUCUGAACCAGUGUGGGGCAAGCCCCGGGGAGGCGCGCCACUGGCUCACUCAAUUCCAGACCUGUCACUACUCCGCAGACAAGCCCUUCGCCGUCAUGGAGGUGGACGAGGAGGUGUUCAAGUGUCCGCGGGACGUAUCCAGCCUGGCCUUCGCCCUGGCCUUCCUGCAGCGCAUGGACAUGAAGCCGCUGGUGGUCCUGGGGCUGCCGGCCCCCACAGCACCCUCGGGCUGUCUUUCAUUCUGGGAGGCCAAAGCACAGCUUGCCCAGAGCUGCAAGGUGCUGGUGGACGAGCUGAGGCACAACGCAGCCUCUGCAGUGCCUUUUUUUGGCGGCGGGUCAGUGCUGAGCGCGGCAGAGCCAGCUCCCCAUGCCAGCUAUGGCGGCAUCGUCUCGGUGGAGACGGACCUGCUGCAGUGGUGCCUGGAGUCCAGCAGCAUCCCCAUCCUGUGCCCCAUUGGGGAGACGGCCGCGCGCCGCUCGGUGCUUCUUGAUUCUCUGGAGGUGACCGCGGCGCUGGCCAAGGCACUGCAGCCCACCAAAAUCAUCUUCCUCAAUAACUCAGGCGGCCUGCGUGACACCAGUCAUAAGGUCCUGAGUAACGUGAACCUGCCCGCGGACCUGGACCUGGUGACCAACGCGGAGUGGGUGAGCACCAAAGAACGGCAACAGAUACGUCUCAUCGUGGAUGUGCUCAGUCGCCUGCCCCACCACUCCUCGGCUGUCAUCACCGCCGCCAGCACGCUGCUCACCGAGCUCUUCAGCAACAAGGGCUCAGGGACCCUGUUCAAAAAUGCCGAAAGAAUGCUGCGAGUACGCACCCUGGACAGCCUGGACCAGAGGCGCCUGGUGAACCUGGUCAACGCCAGCUUUGGCAAGAAGCUCCGGGACGACUACUUGGACUCUCUGCGCCCGCGGCUGCACUCCAUCUACGUCUCUGAGGGGUACAAUGCUGCGGCCAUUCUGACUCUGGAGCCCGUACUCGGGGGGACCCCGUACCUGGACAAAUUUGUAGUGAGUUCCAGCCGCCAGGGCCAAGGCUCCGGACAGAUGCUGUGGGAAUGCCUGCGGCGGGACCUGCAGAUGCUGUUCUGGCGUUCCCGAGUCACCAACCCCAUCAAUCCCUGGUACUUCAAGCACAGUGACGGCAGCUUCUCCAACAAGCAGUGGAUCUUCUUCUGGUUUGGCCUAGCAGAUAUCCGGGACUCCUAUGAACUGGUCAACCAUGCCAAGGGGCUGCCAGACUCCUUCUGCAAGCCAGCUUCUGAUCCAGGAAGCUGACCCUUGCCACAGGCCCUGUAGGCCUUGGGACGGCCAGGUGGACAGAAAGCCAUGCCUGCUGAGGGUGACCCCAGGCAGCCACGGGCUGGUUGGGGCUUGUUGGCUGAGUAAUUUGCACAGGAGGAAGCAGCCCUAGCUCUGCCCAGAGGGAACACCAAAGUGGAACAAGUACAAGGAAGAAGGACCAGCUGAAGGCUUUGAAGCCACAACCAGGUGGCCUUCAAUUUUCAGCCUGGGGACUGGGAUGGGGUGGGGGGUGGUACCCUGGAGGGCUCUACUUGGGGCAAACCUUAAGGAUAGGCCAGUUUCUGCACCUCUGUGCCAUUCUAAGGCUCCCUUGCCCACAUCUCUCUCUCACACCGACACCACCUGAUAUUCUAUCACUCACUCUAAUUCCUUUGGGUCUUGCAGUUUUUCAGAAGGCCUUGAUUAAAAUGCAAAUACUUAUGUGAGUCAGUUCACACUUGAAAGGAAAUUAGCAGUGACCCUCUGGGAUCAAGAACUUGAGAGUCAGAGAACCAGGGGACUUCUAGAGUAAAGGAGAAAAUGAGAUGAAGGGCCCCAAGGAUGAAGGCUGCCACCAUCUCCUCACCUGGUGCCAGCUUUCUCCUGGGUCAGAAAACCUCCAUCUGACAGUCCAGACUAAGAGAAGCCCCAGCCUCCACUCCCUGGGGGAGGCCUCCCCCUCCAACUCCCUUUCCAGGCUGGGCCCAGAGCAAGCCCAGAUAGCAGUGGCUCAUUUUUUACCUACAAUAGCCCAGAGAAGCCCUAGGAUAGCUUUGGCUUCAAAGUUUAGACUUGAACGUGUCCCCCCAGCCUCAGUGGAGCUUGUGUCACCUCUGCAAGACCAGCAUGCCUCAGAGGGGCAGGAAUCCAAAGCCCAGACAUCUCACUCACUAUUUUUUGAACCAUGUGUCAGAUGCCUUACUGGAUACUAGGAUUAUUUUCUGUCCAAAAGUGCAUGGAAAAAUAGGGACAUGGUCAAUUAAGAGCCCCUCUUAGUGACAAAACCCAGGCCCCAGGAAAACUCUGUCUUCCCUCAAGAAACAUGUGUCUCAAGACACAUCUGGGCUUGGAUAUUAGACACAUCUGACCCAGGAUUCCGCUCUGUGGUUGGACUUGCUCUGCAGCAUGGGGUAAGCUGCUUACCUUCUCUGAGCCUCCAUCCCCUCAUGUGAAAAUGUAAAAUGCUUGGCGAAGUGGACACAACCUUAGUUCACUCCCUCUAAUUGCCCUUGCUGAAGUUUUCUUCAAAAGAGCUGGUCCCAAAUGGGGAGGGAAAGAGAGACUGAUGAAAGAAAUCAAAAGUAUAAACAAUAGUAAAGAUUCUGAGAGGUUUUGCUGUUUUGCAGAGCUGGGGACUAAACCUAGGGCCUUGCACAUACUAGGCAAGUGCUCUGCCACUGAGCUACACCCCAGCUCAGAUUUUGAAAUUCUGGAAGUGAGCCAAAGAACUGUGGAACUUUCAGAACAGGGGAAACCAUGGGAGGAUCAAGGCUGGGCUUAACCAGAUAUGGUCUUUCGAGAAACCCGCAAUCAAUCCCAGCCAAUGGCAAAGUGCCCCACCAGGAAAACAGAAACGUGAAGCCAAAUGUCUAUAUAAAGUGUUUAUUUUUGGAGGA